AGAAGUGUGCUUUGUUACAACCGUGUAAAAGCGCAGUUACCACUUUCAUUUUUAUCACAUUAUGAAGUUCACAAAUUUGUGAACAGUGUUGUGAGUUUGUCAGUGUUUUUGUCCGGUUUGUGUAGUCACGCGCUGUCAGUCAGUGUCAGUGUUUGUGUGGUUGUGGGUGCGGCUCACUGACGUCGACAAACCCAUGAGAUUUAUAUUUAAAAGACAUCGAAUGAAUCUUUAUUUCACUAUUUGUUACUGGAAUAUAACAGAAAUAUGAAGCAGACUUUUACAUUGAGUAUUGUUUUGGUGCUGGUGUGCGGUGUGUUUGGUGAUGAAGUGAAGAUGUCAGUGAUGGAGGGAGAUUCUGUUACUCUACACACUGGUCUUACUGAUAUGAGAGGAGUUGCAAGAAUGAUGUGGAGAUUUAGUGAAGAGGGCUCCAUUAGUUCUCUAUUUGCAAUAGAUGAUAAUCAGAGUUUUAAAAACAGAGUGCAGGACGAUGUUCAGACUGGAGAUCUCACCAUCAAGAACAUGAGAGUCAAACACUCUGGACUCUAUGAAGCAGAGAUCAUCAUCAACAGUGGAACAACAAACAAGAGAUUCAGAGUUACUGUCAUUGAUUCUCCACGUGUUAUUGGUGCUAGAACAGGUGAUGUGAAGUCAGUGUCAGUGACUGAGGGAGAAUCUGUGACUCUAGACAAUGAUCUUAAAGACAUACAGAACGAUACACUGAUACUGUGGAGGUUUGGAGAUGAAGGUCUUCUCAUAGCUAAAGAAGAUAAAGAAGACAAUAAGAUCUCAAUAUAUGAUGAUAAGGGAUUCAAAGGCAGACUGAAGCUGGAUGAUCAGAUUGGAUCUCUCACCAUCAGUGAUGUCAGAUCAUCAGAUUCUGGACUUUAUAAACUGAAGAUCAAUAACAACAAUCAGAUAUUAUACAAGACCUUCAGUGUUUAUGUCAGCGCUUUAUCCUCAGGUGCUAUAGCAGGAUUAUCUGCUUUCCUGGCGGUCUGUGCUGUUUGUGUUUUCGCUGGUGGUGUGAUUUUCUAUCUACGUAUGUCUGAAGUGAAGAAACUAAUGAAUGAGAUGAAGUCAGUGUCAGUGACGGAGGGAGAUUCGGUCACACUACACACUGAUGUUACUAAACUACAGUCUGAUGAUCACGUGAUCGAGUGGAGGUUUGGAGAUAAGAAAGUCGCCAAAGUCAACAAAAAGGACAAUUCGCUCUUUGUGUAUGAUGGUGUUCUUGAUGGGAUAUUCAAAGGGAGACUGAAGCUGAACGAUGAGACCGGAUCUCUCACCAUCACAAACAUCAGCAUGAGACACGCUGGACUCUAUAAAGUCAAGAUGAGCAGCGGUGAAGGAACAUCAUGCUCUCACUUCAUCACCAGAAGUGGACACUUGUGCUCUCUAAUAAAUGUAGUUGUCCAAGCUCCAAUAAAGUCUGUGUCAGUGAUGGAGGGAGAUUCCGUCACUCUACCCGCUGAUCUAACAGACAAACACACAGAUGCUGUGAUCGAGUGGAUGUUUAAAGAUGAAGACGCCGUCAUAGCCCGAUUCAGCAGAAAGAGUAAGGACCCCCCUACGUAUGGUGAUGUUCUUGAGGGGAGAUUCAGAGACAGACUGCAGGUGAACGCUGAGACCGGACAUCUCACCAUCAGUGAUGUCAACAUCACACACGCUGGAGUUUAUAAACUGUGGAUCAUCGCCAGUACGGGAGUGACAUUCUCUCAUUUCAAUAUUAUCGUCAAAGAGAGGAUCAGACUGGCGGUGUUGGGACAGGCUGUCACUCUGAUCACCGGUGUUACUGAAAUGCAGAAAUUCACUGAAAUUCACUGGGUGUUUGGGCCUGAAGAGAGCCUCAUAGCUCAUUUCAACGCAGGAUCUCUUAAAUCUGAAAUAAACGACUGUAAUGAUGUAAGAUUCAGAGACAGACUGAAGCUGAACCAAAAGACUGGAUCUGUUACCAUCGCAAACAUCACAGUGAAACACUCUGGAGUUUAUCAGGUUCGGAUCAUCAACAGCAGAAGGACCAAAAUCAAGAAAUUCAGUGUUACCAUCUCUGUGUUAGCCAAAAGAGGAGAAACUGUCACUCUAAACACUGAAAGUAAAAUACAGAGAGGCAGUGAGAUCCAGUGGAUAUUUCAUGAUGACACCAUUCUGGUCACUGGAAAGAAUGGAGAAGACAGAGAGACGCGAUAUACAGAUGAUGAGAGAUUCACUGAUGGACUGAAGAUGAACCCUGAGACUGGAGAUCUCACCAUCACAGACAUCACAACUGAACACAAUGGAGUUUAUAAACUACAGCAGAUCAACGGUGAUGGAAAGAUCCCGUACAGAAUGUUCAGCGUUUGUGUCAUUGACAGUGAUCACGGAACAGCGUUGAACAAUCAAAAACCAGAUUUAAGAGGAAUCAGUAAUGUUAUGACGCAUCUUUUGAAUGCAAAAGAUGUUUGAUCGGCUGAUGGAUGUUCAACAUCACAUGCGUGUAACACGUGUUACAUCAUCAACUUCUGCAUUAACAACUGCUUUCAAGAUCCUUCCUUUAUAAAUGAGAAAUACUGAACUCCUUCUAGUGAUAAAACUUUUGAAAGUUCAAGAAUCAAGAUUUUUGAUAAACAGAAGGUUUCAUUUAUUUGUAGUUUACACCGAUGAACUUUUGACGUUUUACAUUUCAUAUGUUACUCACCACAUAGCAUAUAAUCAGUUACAUCAGACAAAUAUUAUUGAUGUUAUAGAUGUAAUGCAAUGUGUAUACAGGAAUACUUUAUUUUUCACAUACCGUGCCUCUCUGAAAAGAUUUUUUACAAAGCUUACCCUCUGAAAAGCGAGGUGUGCUAUGAUUGGCCAGUUAAGCAGAUCGAUUGAUUGGUCAAAUACUGCAAGUGUGUGAUGGAAAUGUGACGCCUCUUACCAUAUAUGGAACACAAGGUUCCUCUUUAAUUGUUCUGACAGGAACGCCCACCUUACUUGCGUUUACAUUUGGGCGGUCAUGGUCAAAUCAUACCACCAACUGACGUAGAUUUGUGAGGGUGUGGUUACACGUUUCAGGCAGGUCUGGGUGAGCAUUCGCUUUUAGAUAGAAGCAUCUUUUGUUCUGACAUUUUCAUUUAAGUCUUUUAUUUACCUUGUGCAUGACUUCAUUGAUUAAUAUUAUGUUUGUUCAACAAAUAUUCCGUUCGUGUGUCUACUGAUCGGAUCUGAAUGUAAAUUCAGACCGUCAGUACAGUUAUAAGAACCUAACUUUAUAAAGCACUUAACUGAUCAACGCGCCGUUUGCACUUCAAAAAUAAAGGAGAAAACGCUACACUGAUGUUGGUGCUUAACUUUGUACUGUAGUAGAAUAUGAAUUGUCUAGUGUAUCAAACACUUGUGAUUCACAUUUUUUAUUUCCCUUUAGAUGACAGUAUUGAUAAACUUUUGUGGGUUAUUUUGCAUUUUAAACUGCUGUUCUAGAAGUAAACACAUGCUUAAACAAGUAAUGUUCUGUAUGUCACUAUCAUUUCAAUAAAGUACCAAA